GGCUCGCACGUUCUUCCCAUUCAGUUCAAUUCGAUGCGUAGACGUGUCGUAUACGUGAUGUUAGCUCUUUGCGGGCUGGUGCUCGCUGGCCUCGUCGCCUGGCUGCUGGUCUCGAUGAUUGCGGUAGCGGAUGCACAGACACCGAUGUCAACAGUGACCGUUGACCUGUCCGGACAACAGGGCACAGUGCGCGGCAAUUACGGACAGACAGCGUGGACGGGCCAGAGCUUCAUGCAAUUCCGUGGCAUUCCCUACGCAGAAGCACCCAUUGGAAAUCUGCGCUUUCGUCAACCGGUUGCUCGCUCACCCUGGUCUGAGACGCUCGAUACCUUGGACUUUGGCCAACGCUGCCCCGUGAUAACCAAUUUGGAUCCAAAGAUGUCUGACGCUCAGCUAGAAGAUUGCCUAAAUCUGUGCGUCUACACAAAGAACCUUACAGCGCGACAGCCGGUAAUGUUCUAUGUGUAUGGCGGCGGCUAUUACAACGGCUCAUCGCAAGAUCAUCCGCCGCACUAUUUGCUGGAACGUGAUAUUGUCCUGGUGGUGCCACAUUAUCGCGUCGGCGCCCUGGGCUGGCUCUCCACACUCACUGAGCAGCUGCCUGGCAAUGCGCCGAUAGGCGAUAUACUCCUGGCCCUAGAUUGGGUGCAGCGGCAUAUUCACAGAUUUGGCGGCGAUCCCAACCAGGUGACCAUAUUUGGACAGAGUGCUGGAGCGGGCGUCACCAGCGCCUUGCUGCUGAGUCCACGCACCGCCAAGCACCAUUUCCAACGUGCGAUUGUGCAAUCCGGUUCGAUAUUCGCUAGCUGGGCUAUUACCAAAGAUCCCGCUGCCCAGGCACAGCGGAUCUGCAAGGAGUUGCACUGUGAGCGCUGCGAGGAGCAGGAACAGCUCUUGCGCUGUGUGCGUUCUGCAUCGGUGCUGGAGCUGCUGCAGGCCACCAAAGCGGAGAGUUUCUCUCCGCUUGUGGGCGAUCUGCAGGGCAUAUUGCCAGAACACCCGGAGGAACUGCUCAAGCGUCGCCAACGUUCUGUGCCGCUCAUGACGGGCUUUACACAGCACGAUGGCUCCUUUGUGCUUGCCUCAUAUUACGAUGCUCUGGCAGCCAAGCUCGUCAAUGUCAGUGAUCUCAGCGUGCGGCAGUUUUCACAGGGUCUCAUCGAUAUGGCUAAGGACGCCACAGGUCUGGCAGAUAAUUUGUUAUAUCGCCUGCUCUUCACGCGACAGCUGUUGGAAAGCCACGCCCACAAGGCUGCUCUGCCGGCAUAUUUUGAUCUCACUUCGACAAUUUAUAUGAAGUCGCCCGUCAUCAGCCUGGCCACCAAGCUGUUCACACAUCGAUCGGACGCUCCUGUCUAUGUCUACAGCUUCGAGUAUGAGGGCGAGCACACGCGCUUUGGCUACGAGUUUGGCAAUGAGCAUUAUCCCUUCAAUGGCGGCGUCCAUCACUCCAAUGACAAUAUCUAUCUAUUUGCCACACAUUCACUGCAAAUGGAAGACACACUCAUGGCCCAGAACAUGGUGGAGCUAUGGACAUCGUUUGCCAUUGACGGUGCGCCCAAAGAUCUGAAUCCUCUGACCAGUGCCAGUGGACCCUACAAUCGACUCGGCCUCCACCUAAAGACGGGCGACGAUUUGCUGGAAACGCUCACAGCGACAAUUGAUGAUCCAAACAAUUCGCGUUUGCAGCGCAAAAAUAUGGAGUUUUAAAAAGUCAUCGAAUAUAUAUGUAUUUAUAUAUAUA